AUGAAUAGUAGCAAUGUUGCUUCAGCCGAAGAAAUCCUGAAACAGGGACAAAUGGAGCGUGAAGAUGUUAAUGCACAUAUUGAAGACGUUAAUGCACAUAUUGAAGAUGUUAAUGCACAUUUUGAAGAUGUUAGUCAACAAGUUUUGCGAAAUGAUAUCUGGAAUGCUCUAAAAGCGGAUGAAAUAGCCGAAGCGUCACUGCAAGUUUCAGCUGAAACAGUCGAUUCUUUUGCUGGAGAUGCGCAAAGUCAUCUUUUUGGGCAAUUCCUAUCAAUUGCAACCAACUUCGCUUCGUUACCAUUUGCUGAAAACCUGCACAGAAUUCCAGAAUUAGUAGAAAGUAUUAAGGGAUUGCUAGAAGACAUGAUGAAAGAAGUUCGAGAAUACAGUGAUAUGGCAAGUGAAUUUCGUGAUCUUAUUCAAUGUUUUGUUCAAAUGGUAACGCAAUUAAAACAUAACGUUAAUAUGAUGCUUCCUUUGCUUACAAGUGCCAAAUCACAAAUAGGCGUUCUUGGAGAUGUUAUGAGUACAGAUUCAAGUAUAAAAAUGAAUGACGUGGAUAAAAAAGAUCUUCAACUUGCUCUGAAUCGACUGUCAACUGGAAUACAAGACUUACUCAGCUUAGCUAAAUCAACCAGAGCUGAAAGUCAAAACUUAGGCGGCCGUAUACACAAUAUGACUAACUCGGUUCAAUCAAAAAAAAACAUUGUUAAGGAACGAAUUAAAAUAGUAAAUUUUUGUUUGCAUAAUGCCGCACCAGCCGCUUCGAUUUUACCUAGUAUUGUAGUUGGAGGACUUGUUGCAGCUGACUCGUUUGGUGGUAUUGGAGCAUUAUCUGUUUCUGGAUUGGCUUUUCCUCCUAUUACUGCUAUCGUCGGUGCAUGCGUUUUAGGUGGAGCUGCUACUGGAUUAGCUAUUCUUUUAGUAAAAAAAUUUUGGCGCCGCCAUCAAUUGAAGGCACUCUGCUAUCUUACCAAAAUAUUUGAAGGUUUAGUUGAAUUAAGUUCAGCGAAUAGACAUUUCAUGGGCUAUAUGGCCGAUACGGAGGAGAAAGCAAAUAAAGUUUCACAAAAUAUUCAAGAUAUUCAACUAUGUUUAGAGAGUGAAAGACAACGACGAAUGAAUAGUGAUGUCUGCAAUAUAGCUAUAAAUUCAACAACAGCAAUGAUAGAAAGUCUUGAACAAAUAUCUAAGUUAGAUAUAUCAAAAUGGUCUGACACUUCUCGUAUGAUCAGUUUCUCAAAUCAAAAUGUGACAAUGGAUGCUAUUACAAACUAA